AUGGUCGGAAUCUACAGAUUUGUCGCUAUCUCUCUCGUUGCCGCAACACUGGCUGUCGCUGCCCCCGUUGAGAAUGGUGCCCAGAAGCGCGCCCUGUUGCCCAACCUGCUUGGAAAUGUUAAGUUGACUGUCUCCGCAUGCCCAGAUGUCGGAAUCAACACCACCAUUGAAGGCUGCAGCGCCCAGCCCGGCAGCGGCAAGUCAAUUAUUAUCUCAGCUUUCCCUACCGCCACUGCCACAGCGCCCGCCGCCACCGCCGCCCCCACUGCCACUGCCAAGGUCCCAGGGUACAACAACGGUCAGCCGCCCGCGGUCCCAGCACCGUCAGUGCCUGUGCCCGCGCCGGCUCCCGUGCCCAUUUCCUCGGCAGUCAAGCCUAGGCCCAGACCCAACCCCAGGCCCAACCCCAAGUUCACUUUGCCGACAAGCAAGCCCAAUUCCACGCCCACUCCCACAGCUGCUCCCAUAACUGUGACUAUUCCCUCUGUUAUUUCUCCUGUGACAUCUUCCCCGGGAGCUCUCGUGCCAGCCUAUCCCAUCACUGUGCUGCCGAUCUCUGUUACAAACAUACAGGUGCCUUCGGUGCCCACAGUUGCUCCUUCGGUGCCAGUGCCUGCCCCGGCACCUAUCGCCUCCACUUCAUGCGCAAAGUAA